AUGCGCACAUACGAUCCCAUCCUCCUUCCUUCGUCCACUCCCCUCCUGCCACGUGUCACGCGCGGAAGCCCCGCCAUCGCCGGCGUCCGCACCAGAAUGGGGCAGGCGCGCGCACUGGCAGCGGCAAGCUCGCAAGGCGGAGCGGAAGCGAGUGGCGGAGCGGGCGCGGGGGGCGCGGAAGGCGAGGUUGGCGCGGGGAGCGGGCCGCGGCUGGUGAUAUACAGCCGCGAGGGGUGCUGCCUGUGCGACGGGCUGAAAGAGAAGAUCGACACGGCGCUGAUGAUGGGCACUGAGAGCAGUGCGCUGGAGGGACUGCAGAUUGAGGUGCGCGACAUAACAACGAGGCAGGAGUGGAUGGAGGCAUAUCAGUACGAGAUUCCAGUCAUGAUGAGAGUGACGGUGGACCAAUCAGGGAACGCUGUAGAGACUCUCAUUCCCCGCCAGUCACCGCGGGCAUCAGUGGAGCGAGUGAGGAAGGCACUAGAGGCCGCAUUCUCAAGUUCAGCCUGA